AUGUUGUUGAUCAACAACCAUCAUCGUCUCAAAUGGUCAUCCCUGAUGAUUGCUGUUGUAAUCGCCACUGCGUUGCUUGCUGCAUCCAUGUUGGUUAUCACCAGCAACGUUCAAGCUCUUACUCAUCCCACACCACAUGGAAUUCAUGGCUGUCCAACUUAUUAUUGUUUGAUACCAUGCAAGUAUGGAUACAAGACAGAUCGAUAUGGCUGCCAAAAGAGAUGUGAUUGCAAACCUCGCAAAGAUUGCCCUCAAAUUUACUGUCUGAUCGGAUGCAAGUAUGGUUACAAGAAGGACAGAUAUGGUUGUCAAAUUGCUUGUGAUUGUAAUGAAGCUCCCCAAGUUUCUGGAUGA